CGUGUGGGGCUUAUUUUGGGGACGGACCGCAGAAGUGAGGGGGGGAGUGGUGAGUGGUGAGUGUUACACACGUUGCCUCUUAUGGGUUCCCGGUGGCGGCAGCUGCUACUGCUGGGGCAAAAGUUUCGCGCCCCUUUCCCUCGGGCUAGCUGUCAGGUGCCUAGUCCGCUCCGGUUUUUGCACGCCUCUGCCGUCACCUACCGUAUCCCGGGGUCUGGUGAUGGCCCUACUCGGGGAAGGAGAGGUGGAGAUAGCAAUAGUAGUAGUUGGAGUGCAGGAGACUACGAGGAGGAGGAGGAAGAGGAGGAGGAGGAGGAGGAGGAAGAAGAAGAAGAAGAGCUCGUGGAAGAUGAACAGCUGCUGGAGUCGGAUUUGCCUCCUAUCCCGUUUGGAGCCCAGAAAGUGUUUAUUGUACAUCCAGCUGUGAAAUGGGGGCCAGGCAAGCCGCAGCUUACCACAGCUGAACUGCAGCUAGCUGAAGCUGUUGCUCUCAUAAACACCAUUCAGGACUGGACAGUGUUAGAUAAAAUAAUUCUUUCCACAAAAGCCCCUGACAAGAAAUUUAUCUUUGGCAAAGGAAAUUUUCAACUUCUAACUGAAAAGAUUAAAGGAUUGCCACGUGUAUCAUCUGUCUUCGUAAAUGUAGAAAGGCUCUCUCCUCUGACAAAGAAAGAAUUUGAAAAUGCCUGGGAAGUGGCAGUUUUUGACAGAUAUACAGUCGUCCUUCAUAUUUUCCGCUGCAAUGCUCGGACUAAGGAGGCAAAGCUUCAGAUAGCAUUGGCUGAAAUCCCGCUUCUAAGGACCAAUGUGAGAAAUGAGGUUGCUCAGUUGGAUCAGCAGAGAGGCAGCUCAAGAUACAUUAUGGGUUCAGGUGAAACUUUCAUGGAGAUGCAGCUUCGCUUCUUAAAAGAAAAAGAGUUUAAAAUUCGAAAGGCUCUAGAGAGGCUUAGAAGAAAAAGGUGCUUACUUCGAAGUCAGCGGAGAAAGCGUGAAUUUCCUACUAUUUCAGUAAUGGGCUACACUAAUUGUGGGAAAACUACUCUUAUCAAGGCCCUUAGUGGAGAUUCAGGACUACAGCCUCGAGAUCAACUCUUUGCCACAUUGGACAUUACAGCUCAUGCUGGCUACCUGCCAUCACAACUGGCUGUUCUGUAUGUGGAUACUAUCGGAUUUCUCUCGCAGUUGCCCCAUGACCUUGUUGAAUCAUUUUCAGCUACAUUAGAAGAUGUAGCCUGUUCGGAUUUAAUUGUCCAUGUGAGAGAUAUUAGUCAUCCAGAGACCAGCCUCCAGAAGAAAAGUGUAUUAUCUGUUCUCAGGAAUCUUAAUAUUCCCAGCCACCUACUGGAAUCAAUUAUUGAAGUUCACAACAAAGUGGAUUUGAUAGAAAGGUAUCAUCCCAGUGAACCAAACACUAUUGCCAUUUCAGCCCUCCUUGGGCAUGGUUUAGAAGAGUUGAAAGAGGAAAUUGAGAAGAAACUUUUGAAAGUAACUGGGAAAAACAUUCUGACAAUUAAAAUCAAUUUAUCUGGACCUCAGCUCAGUUGGCUCUACAAAGAAGCAACAGUGCAAGAGGUUGAUGUUGUUCCUGAAGAUGGUACAGCCAAUGUGAAGGUGAUCAUAAGCAGCUCUGCCUUGGGCAAAUACAAAAGACUGUUUCCUCGAUCAAGUUUUUCUUCUCAAAAUUAACAAGAUAUAUUCUCUGUAUGGGUGAAAGCCCCUGUUUAAUGGGCUUUUACAGGAGUAUUUUUAAUAGAAUCAAAAAAGUGAAGUGUGAUUCCCUAGAAUUCAGACCUUCAUCCUAUCUUUGUUUCAAACUAACCAGCAUCUGCCAUUUAAUUUUGAUAGAACCUCUGAAAAAAAGUUCAUUGUGGAAAUGUUCUGAGAAACUUCCAACAUCUUUCCAUUUGAAGAAUCACACAAACCAAAUGAUCAAAGAUGCUUGCUCCACAUCAUCUAUACCCUUAGAAAUGUGAUAAG